AUGGACAAUUGUCAAUAUUUGGAUGUAGUAAAAAAAUUUGAGUCUCAUUGCAAACCUAAAACUAAUCUCACGAUUGAGAGAUAUAAUUUUUUGAUUAGAAGACAAAAACCAGAAGACAAAAACCAGACGAGUCAAUCGAAGACUUCGUCUUCGAUUGACUCGUCUGGACGAAGGAGAAAAACCAGACGAAGGUUGGACUGGACUGGAGACGAAGUCUGGACUGGAGAAAAACCAGACGAAGUCAAUCGAAGACGAAGUCUUCGAUUGACUUCGUCUGGUUUUUCUCUUAAAGAACCUAAGCCUAACGCGGAGCAGAUUGAAAAGAACAGUGAUGCACAGAUACUUAAAGUCGAAAAGUUCAAUUACAAUGGCACUCGUCGUGGAAAUCUACAAAAUAAAGCAACAAGUAGCGGAAAAAGGACAGUCUUAAGUGGUCAUCGAGAGUCGUUAUCAUCAAAGUUCUCAAGGUUUCGUCAAACAGGUCAGGACAAUCAAUUAUUAUGUACGCGUUGUGGAAAAGUACACCGAAAUAAAUGUCCGGCUAUUAAUGCUGUCUGCAAGCUUUGUAACAAAGUAGGUCAUUAUGUGAAAUGUUGUCGUACUAGACAAGUAAAAUAUGUUAAUGUUAGUGAUGAUCACGACCAUGAUAGUAAUAAGUCGGAUCUCUUUGUCAUUAGAUCUAUUAAUAGUAAUAACAAUUGGUUAAGUGAGCCGUGGAUCCUAAAACUUAAGAUUAAUAACAAAGUGUUAGAAUGUAAUUUGGAUACGGGUGCUCAGGCUAAUGUAAUGUCAAUAAGAAAUUAUAAAAGUUUAAAAAUUGCUAGAAAAAUACAACCUACGGCUGUAAGGCUUACGUCAUUCUCAGGAAAUGAUAUACCAGUUUUGGGAGUGGUGUUAGUCAAUGGUGUAAUCAAUGAUAAUUUGUCAGCUAGUAUUCAUUUUGUAAUUACUAAUACUGAUAGUCAGACCAUUAUAGGGCUACCUACAAUCCAAAGACUAGGUUUAGUCAAAAGAGUAUUUAAUAUCAAUAAUCAUGAGUCAGUCCUGUCGNUAAAUAUAGAUAACAGUUAUAACAAACACACAAAUUAUAUCAAAUCUUAA